UCUUAAUAAUUGUUUAUUCGAGAAGUGAGUGUAGUAUUCGUAAGCCCGACUGUCCUGCACGUCACAGUGGCUACACGCGCUACUACUCCAAAAACAAAAGUCUAAGAAAGAAUAAGACGAAUUACAUGUUAUUUUAUUUCGUUAUCGAGUUUUUUUUAUAAAUUAAUACAACAACAAUGGGCAUUUUAAUAGGACACAUUGAGGUUAUGUACAUUAAAAUUGUAUCAGCAUCUGCAUUAAGUCUGGUUUCGAAUAAUUUUCUGGACAUUCGUUACAAUAACUAAUUGAUACAAGAAAAUGAAUACAUAUACUAACCAACAGCCUGUAUUUCAUUGGUUCGUAAUCGUAACUGACAGUCGUUCAUAGAACAAACAUUGAACAAAUGCUUUUGAUUGCGUCAGUCAAUUCGAAAAUAAUAAUGUGACUAUAGAAUAUGCAAUAGGAUUCGAUACUUUCUCAGAGAUAAAUAAAUCGAUCAAGGGUUCAGAUAAAUGACGAGUUCACUGGUUUAUAGACGAAUGUGUGCAGCUAUCUAAAGAGUCCGACCGUAAAAUUUGAUCGUAGACAGAAGUGUCUUCGAGCGCGCGAAAAUUUCUAAGAGUGCGGCAAUAGCCGUGACAAAAUGUUUCGCAGCAGCCGGUCUGUUACUUUGGGUGGGGAAAAUCAAUAGGAAAACCGAGUCGAAAUCAGAGGUAUGGGUCAUUAACGUUUCGCGGAUGGAACGCAUGGUAUUAUUUUGGAGCGUGUCCGGGUGCGCGUCCGAUGUGUCCUCAGCCGUGGGUCCUUCCCGUCCUUCGCGAUGACACUUUCGAAAUACAUUGUCUGUUGACGCACGCGGCUCCAACGUUCCCCAAGAAGUGAUAAAACGACGAUCAGUUAACAGCUGUGCUUGAUCGGAAGAAAAUGCUCAGGAAUUCCACAAGCAUCGAUGAUUCUUGACAUCCAACUGCGGAGAAGAUACUGUGCACCAGACCACGCUUAACCAUGACGACAUUCGGACAGAUUUUGUUGGCUUGUCUCGCGUGGUGUAUAGUUUCCCGGGUCAACUAUGCUGAAACCACACACAUAUCGGGCACCUUCAACACGAAAGAAUUCUUUCGUUUCCUCAUCAAGUUCGGUUUCCAAAAGACCGAUCGUCAUCGACAGAAGGACUCGUACGGUUACAUUUUCGGUAACGUUACGUCGAAGACCAAUUUUUCUGUGCCGAUCACGUUGGCAGUGUUGGACCGAGGUCAUUUUAUAGAAUAUUAUGGUAACCGAACGUUGCACGAUAAGAGUACCGCUUGUACUCUUAUGUUUAAUACUUUAAAUCAAAGUUCUUACGAUGUACACUGUAACGAGGAAGGUGAAGAUUUCUUAAGGAGAGUACCUUGUCCGAAGGGUAAAUUAUGUCCAGACGAAGAUUCUAUAUGGAACAUUGUAAAGGGACAUCAGUUUACGUACGUCAUACAAGAUUUCUGGCAGCCACGCUUUUGGUACAUGAGUCUGGUGGCGUGUUACAGAAACACAACUACUUGUCAGUGGGAAUAUUAUGAUAAACAUGACGAAUUAGAAUAUGAUAUUUGGCUGGUAAAUGGUAAUCCAAAUACUAGUGGCCUAAAUAGUUUAACUUAUCAAUUUUCAUAUGAUAGGCAAAACACUAUAGAAUUGUACUUGCUAUUCUUCAUGUGCUACAUAAUACUUGUGCCACUACAAUUGUAUGCAGUAAGGUUGCAGAAGCAUCCUGUGACAAGAUUGUUCACUGCCAGUCUUCUGUUAGAGUUUAUAGCAGUAUGUUUAAUUUUGAUACAUGUGCUAAAGUUUGCUCUUGAUGGAGUUGGCUACGAACAAUUAGAAGUCGCUGGAGAUAUUUUUGAUAUCCUAUCUCGGACAUCGUUUAUGUUGCUGCUCCUUUUACUUGCCAAGGGAUGGGCAGUAACAAGAAUGGAGUUGACAUGGAAACCAUUAGUUUUUGCUAUAUGGCUUUGUUACGGAGUGGUACAUAUCUUGCUAUAUGUAUGGAACAUGACGGAAGUCGACAUAAUUGAGGAUAUUGACGAGUACCAGACAUGGCCGGGGUGGUUCAUACUUCUAUUUAGAAGUGCAAUAAUGAUAUGGUUUCUGUGUGAACUUCGAAAUACUAUGACAUAUGAACACAAUACUCAGAAGUUAAACUUUUUACUCCAUUUUGGUGCAUCUUCUUUAGUUUGGUUUAUUUAUCUACCUAUUAUAGCACUUAUAGCUCUUCAGGUGAGCGCAUUAUGGAGGUUUAAAUUGUUAUUAGGUAUUACAUACUCUGCCGAUUGUUUUGCAUAUUGUGUGAUGGCUCAUUUACUUUGGCCGACACGGAGCGAACAAUAUUUUUUACUUGCACAAGGAGCAGAUAAUGGCGAUGAACUCGACGAAUUCAAUGAAGCGCCGCACGUGUUAAAUAAUUACGUAGAACCUCCAGAACUUAGUAAAAUAAUUACUUAAUAUCAGAUCACAAAGGGCAGAGGAACACACAAAUCUUUGAUCGAACUUUUAUGGUUUGAUGUUUGCUAUGUUUGCCAAAUGGUAAAAUCAUAGAGUUGAUAAUACUCUGCUAUAUGCUACUUGAGACUGAUAUAUUCUACACACUCUGUAAUUAGAGGUAUAUUAAUAAUCAAAUUUACAUAUGUGAUAGGGAGUCAAUAAUUGACGAAAAAUAAAAAUAAAAUGGGUGAGUAUGAUAUGAGUACCUUUGAGUAAUUAAAUGUUCAUUUAGCAGACAAAUGAACGUACGAUUAAGUUCUAGAAUAAUCUAGAUAUUUGUAGAUACAAAGUGAUAAUGUUAAUGUACGAUGUUCAUGUAAUAUACAAUGAUGACGUGUAAUGAAUGUAUAUUGUAACUUUUACGCCAAUGUACAAACAAGUAUAAUAUUUAGCCGACAAACAUUUAACAUUGCAUAACAUAUUCUAAAUAGCCAUAAUCGAAUACACAUAGUCUUCUACUGCUUCUUUCAAUUUAUCUCGUUAUUACAGUGUAAUGUAAUAACUUUACUCAUGUCAUACUCUUGGAUUAUAUGCAACUAACAUUAAUAACUCUAAUUUAACAUUUAACUAUUUUCCAGCACAGUUGUGUACAUUUAGAAAAUUGAAUAGUCUACUUAUACAACUUUAUCUAAAGAUCUUUCUAAUCUUGUACUAUAUUACACGUUUUUCAUGACACUACUAAAUCAGCAUUUUGUAAUUACGCAGAAGUUGCUCUGUAUGGAAACUAUUGCGAUAUAUGCUUGGAAAAGUAUGAAAACUAAAAAUAAAAUCAGUGUGACUUCUUUCAUGUUCAUUUCAUAUAAAAGUGCAAUGUUCGUGAAUGAGUGUGUGCAUUGGUAUAUCAUUAUAAUUUGUUCAGUAUUACAAUGAAAUUCAAAUAUUUUUUUAUACAUAUGUAUCUUUUAAUGACCAACAUUAUCACGUUGAAAUCUCUUUGUUUAUGUAAUACCUUUUACUGUUUUAUUUUAUAUUUGUGCAUUGACAAGUUACAAUAUUUAAAAUAUAAAAUACUGAAUCUUUACAUAGAAAUGAGAUCUUUUAAUAUCGUUUUGUGCUUGCACUGAAGUUUCCUAUGACAUUUUUGCUCAAUUUUAUAAUAAAUUAAGUAUUAGAAUAACAAAGUACAUACUUUCUUAGACCUUUAUAAGCUGCAUAUGUGUGUAUCGAAAUAUUGGUGCGAUGUUUGUAAUGUAUUGGUACUGUAGAAAUAGGAGAUAUGAUUGAUCCGAAUGCAAAAAUAUAAUAAAAUCAGUACAUUUCUUUUGUUUAUACAAGAUCAAAUUUCAGAACAAAUUUCAGAACAAAUGGUUCUAAAAGAAUCACUGUUGUAUAAGAAUCCUUUUUCUAUAUAGUUAACAGAAAAGUGUUUAAUGUUUGUAGAAAUUAUACAAAUUUUGAUGGAAUUUUAAAGAUAUACUUGGGGUGUAGAUUAGAACUGAAAGCCUGAAAUUCACCCGGUAUUGGUAUAAGCAAUUUUAAUGUAGCAGCAAUUUUAACAGAAUAUUCCUCAUUAAUCUGAAUGUUGAUUUUGAAUGCAUCUUGUUCAUAAAGUAUGUAAUAUACAAUGAUGAUGUAUAGGUACGAAUAAUUUGAAAAAUUGGAAUAUAUAGUAUGAUGAACAAAG